AUGCCGGCUGGUCACGGUCUCAGGUCGAGGACGAGGGAUUUGUUCGCUCGGCCAUUCAGGAAGAAGGGUUAUAUCCCUUUGACAACUUACCUCAGGACCUACAAAAUCGGCGACUACGUCGAUAUCAAGGUUAAUGGCGCCGUUCACAAGGGCAUGCCCCACAAGUUCUACCAUGGUCGCACUGGACGCGUAUGGAAUGUCACCAAGCGGGCCAUCGGUGUCGAGGUCAACAAGCAGGCAUGUGGACCUGUGUUUGUUGCUACAUUGUUUGUUUCCUUGCUUUCACGAAGUGAUGAUUUAUAUGUAGUAGGCUGGCAUUUGUUUGCUGUAUUUUUUGGUGCUGAAAAUUAA